UCUUACAAACGUCUUGUAACGUUGUACGGAGAACAGAUCGCUCGGAGACCUGGAAGGAGUUAAAGACUGGUAACAAGAUGCCCUUGCGCUUGUCUUACCUCUCGCUACUUCCACUCCUAUGCAUGGCUGUUCCUCUUCCUGAGGUCCAAAAGAUUAACGAAAGACCAAUUAUAGGAAUUGUUGCUCAAGAGGUUACUGAUGAAGCCUUCGUCCCAUUUGGUAAAACCUACAUUGCAGAUUCCUAUGUUAAAUUCCUUGAGUCGGCUGGCUGUAGGGUUAUUCCUAUCCGAUUAAAUUUAACUGAAGAAGAAUAUUUGAGAAUUUUCAAAUCCAUUAAUGGGGUUCUGUUUCCCGGAGGGGACGUUGACCUCCUGGCCUCCAGCUUUGCCCGAACAGCUGGAAUAUUUUACAGACUAGCAGUCGAGGCCACGUCCUCUGGUAAUUAUUUCCCAAUUUGGGGAACAUGUAUGGGGUUUCAGAUCCUCACCUCGCUCACAUCAGGAAAGGACUUGCUAGUACCCACGUCGGCCAGCAACAUAUCAUUGCCCCUCAACUUGACUUAUGAUAUAUCCUCCAGUAAAAUGUUCCAACAUGCCUCCCCGGAAUUACUGCGCGUCCUGAGACGAGAAAAUGUGACGGCAAACUUCCAUCAUUUUGGCAUUACACCUGAGGUUUUCCAAGCCAAUGAAAAGUUGUCUACGUUUUAUCGGAUCCUCUCUACAAACAGAGACAAAAGCGAGGUAGAAUUUGUAUCGACUAUAGAAGCUCGCAAUUUUCCCAUAUACGGUGUGCAAUGGCAUCCAGAGGUGAAUCGCUUCCAGUGGCGCAGUGAUCAUGCCUAUCCACACUCAGUGAAUGCCAUGUGGAUAUCGCAAUAUACAGCAAACUUCUUUGUCAAUGAAGCUCGGAAGAACAUGAACACAUUUUCUAGUGUACAAGAAGAAGAAGAAUCCCUCAUCUAUAACUGGACACCCAAAUACACAGCUAAUAUCAGCGGAUAUGAACAAGCCUAUUUCUUUUAGAUUUAUCAAAAACAAUUCUUUGUUAAUAUUCAUAUAUUGCUUAAUAGAGUUCCCUGAACACACUUAGAAUUGUAGAAUUUUAGGUACUUGAGUAUUAUCGGAACCAGGUUGCCGACAGAACCAGGCGAUGCGGACAAAGAAAGAAGGUAGCAGAUUAAGGAUAUAUUUUUUUUAUUAUUUAAAACUAACUGCACCAAAGGUUUAGUGACUGUUCUGCAAUGAAAAUGUAGGAUUUAUCUAACACGAAAGAAUUUGCAAUAAUUUUUUUUUCAUGAAAAAGUUCCGUCCAAACGUAGAUGCAAAAACAAGCACCAAAAAAAGGUGAUGCCCACAUAAUACACAAGUAUGGGUGGCACCCGGAUUAUACACCAAAUUUUAUUGUGAUGAAAGUACCAUGAGACUGUCAAAGCAUAUAAGUUAAUGUAAACAAUUAUUUAAAUGUUCAAUCACAUAUUUGUAUUUUUUUUUUUAGUACGCAAACUGAAUUUAACAGUAACAGUUUCAACAAUAAAACAUUGCUGCAUAGG